AUGCUCACUAAAAACGAACAGUGCGCAUUGGUGGAUGAUCUGCGUCCACCUGAUAGUGCAUACGCUAUGAGGAAAAAGGCAAGGCCAGAUGGUGAUCUGUGCAGUGAUCAAGUUGUUAUCAUGCAGUCUUCAAAUUUCAAUAAUACUCCACGCAACACGGGUGUCAGUUCCCGUAUUUCCAUUUCUGCUCCCACGAAUAAUCGACUAUCGGAAGAAGGCAGAAAUUUGCCGCUGGUUAUGAAUGCCGCUCCAGCCCAGCCCCCCUCAGCCAGAAUCAGAGGACCACCAGCUAAACAAAUGCAAUCGAAAAGUAAUGGAGCCAUCGAAGAUGUUAUUACUCUUUCAUCAGAUGACGAUGAUAUUUUAGUGACUCACGACCAGAGUUCGCGUUUUUCUAAUUCUGCUUCUACGAACAAACGGCGAUUGGGAGAAAUCAAGAAUUUGCCGCGCGUUGCUCAGAGGUACAUGAAUCAGCAUUCCCGCUCACCCAGACUCGAAGGUCCAACAGCUAAUAGGAUGCAAUCAAAAAGAAAUAGAAGGAACGAAGUUGUUAUUACGCUAUUAUCUGAUGAAGACGAUAUUUUGGAUGACUUUGGAAUGGAAAUUGAGGAAGUGCUAGCAGAGGAACCGGAUAUGGAAAUCAUUGAAAUUUCUGAUGAUGAUGAGCCUCCAACUAUCCAACCACCGAAGAAAAUGAAUCAGCCGGCUGAGUCAACGGAAAAAAAUCUUCGAAAACAAUGUCCAAACGUCUUGGCGGUAAAGACUGAAUCGAAACAAAAAGAAAAUAUUGCUUCCGAGCCAAAAGACUUGAGCACUAGAAUGAACGAUGUUCCAAAAAUCAUGCAGAACGGAGGACAGUCUAGCAAAAUUGAUAGUUCGCGAGCAGUUACAAUAAAGCAGGAGCAAGAAUCAGUCAUGGAAGAAGUGCUGCUUUCCGAUUCCGUUUCAAAUAAUCCGACGUCUUCUUCAUCCACCACCGCCGGAAACCCUGUUGAGAUUGAAAAUUUGUCGCUUGCUGAAACCUGCGCCCAUAAUUUGGAAAAAGUCGGAUUAGAAUCAAGUGAGAAAUUGAGCAAGAAAGAUUCGGAGAUCAACAUGUCAACCAUCAAAUCAGAAAAAGUGUCAAAACACCAGAUGGAGCCGUUUGAAGUAAUGAAUGAAUCGAUAUCUGAUAAUACACCUACAAAAAGUGACAAGUUGAUCAAAAAGAACGUAACUUUCAAAAUAGAAGAAGACACUGAGAAAGAAGAGUCGAGCCCUUAUACCUCAUCGGCUGAACCCGUUCCGCACUCUUCUUCUGAACUGGAAGAAGUCAAAAAGCUGAAUUCGUUGACCAAAGUUGAACAUGACAUCCAGCAGGACAAUACGGAAACUGAAGGGCAAGAAGGUCCACCGACAGUUCAAAAUACCGUGCAGACUUCCGAUACGACAGAGACUGGACUGAAAAUCAACUCGGAAGAAAUGAAAACUGAAACGAACGUGAGAGUGGAAAAGAAGAUAAAUUCUGGAAUCGAAAAAGCCAAAACUCCAGCACUUGUGCAAAAGGAGUCGGAGCCUUCUUCAUCGAGUAGUGUCUACACCAUUGUCCAUACACUCGAACCGUACUUAUCAGCAAAAAUUGAGAUUGGAACAGACUACCAAGUCAUUGUGCCAGAGACACUGACCACUGAACCAAUCCAAGAUUAUAUUGGCCGAGAAGAUCGGGAAGAGUUGCUUUGGACACCUCGGGAAGAAGUGAUUGAAGCCGAGGAGGAGAUGUUCUACAAAAGAACACAUACCGUUUACUGGUUUGCCAUCUGGAGACAGUUUAAAGGACACAUCCCAUAUGAAAUCGCUCUUCAAAACCUUAUGAAGAACGGAUAUCAAAUGGCGCUCAGCUUGGACACUGUCGACCAAUAUCUCGAAAGACUGCCGGAAAAACUAAAAGAAUUGUGCAUGGCUCAAGCAAAGGUUUUGGCGACAAUUGCAUUGAACGAAAGAACGACAAUGGAAGAAAUAAAGUUGCAAGCGAUGAAAAACUAUGAUCUCGUCGAUGUUCGGAAAUAUUACUUUCAUUUCAUUAAAUACGCUCUUCUCAACGGCGGACACAAGGUUCCAUGUGUGUGCGAACAAGAUCUUUGCCGGCCAAUCGAUUUUGCAUCGAGAGUGACGUGCACCAACUGCACAAAAAAUCUUCGGAAUUCAAACGGAAGGAAAUCACUUUGUCUUAUUUGCAAAACAUACGAACAAAUAACAGGAGAGGCACGACCUGCCAACCGAGUAAUCUUUACGAAUGAUGAGACGAAAUUUCUUAAUGCGUGGAGAGAGCGUGAAGAAGCACUCGGAAAAGUACAAUCUAAAGAGCAAAUCGAGAACAUGCUGAGAAAAGCAGAAACAUCUCGAUGGAAACAAUUGGAUUUGACAGAUGAAGAGAAACAGAUGCUGGGAGAGAAGCACUAUAACAUCAUCGGAUUGAAUGACGCUCAAAUUGCCAGAAAGAAAUCAGUCAUAUGCAACCAACUGAAACCGUUCGUUCUCCCGUUGUUUGUGGAUUGUAAAUGCCUUAAGCACCAAGGCGUUGUUAUCAAGGAGAGACCGAAUUGGAAUAAAAAACAAAAUCUAGUAAACCCAGAAAUCCCCGGUGCUGAAUUCGUCUUCGAUAGCAUGGACGACCCGUGGUUUGACAGCAGCAAACCAAUGCCUUCCAGAAGAUCUCUCAGAUUGUAUAAUUAG